UCGACCAUAAGGUUACGUUUUUAUGCAAUAGAUGACGAAAUAGUUACUUCAGUAACCAUAUGGGACAAUAACUACUAUCAAUUGGCAGACUAAUAAACGUCAUACUAGUUUACAUAUAUCAUUCCACUCCAUCAUCCGAGGCUAUCGGUGUAAUCGCGAGAACUACGCAAAACCCGCCACCGCUCACUGUUCAUGGUAUACCCUGUUCAUCCUGAUAGACUAAAAUCGUCUCAGUAUACAAUGCUGACUAUUUCAAGGGAGUCAUAAUGGAGACUCGGGUAAAGUGUGCUAAAUAUGAAGACAAUCACAAUGAAGAAAAAGGUCUUGGUUCUGUUGUUGCUGACCACUAUAAUAACAUCAUGAACAAGGGGGUCAAAGACAGGGCAAAGAGCCGUAUCUUUCAUAUGAGGAAUUUCAAUAACUGGAUCAAAAGCUACCUCAUAAACUACUGUCUUGAGCAGAUUCGAGAGAGACAGGUAGAUGACUACCCAAUAUCUGUGCUUGACCUUGGCUGUGGAAAAGGUGGUGAUCUUCUCAAGUGGCAGAAGGGAAAUAUUAAACAUCUGAUAUGCGCUGACAUUGCUGCUGUAUCAAUGGAAGCUUGCAAAGAGCGUUAUGAAAUCAAUAAGAAAAGAGCAAGAAGUCCUUUAUUCUCAGCUGAAUUUAUUGUUGCAGACUGCACCAAAAUAAGAAUCAAAAAUCAAUUUGAAAAUUCAAAUAGAAUGGUGGACUUGGUAUCAUGUCAGUUUGCUUUUCAUUAUUGUUUCGAAAGUUUUAGCCAGGCGGAAACAAUGCUGCGCAAUAUCUCAGAAAACUUAAAAAAAGGUGGAUACUUUAUUGCAACAGUACCAAAUGCAUAUGAAAUAAUGUUAAGGCUAAAAAACAGUGAGGAUGGAUUAAGUUUUGGGAAUGAGGUUUAUCAGAUCAAAUUCCCAGAGGAAAGACCAGCACCACCUCCAUUAUUUGGAGACAGAUAUAAUUUCUAUCUGGAAGGUGUUGUAGACUGCCCAGAGUUUCUCAUCCACCCACCAACUUUAGAAGCUCUUGCUGCAAAAUGGGGAUUGAAGCAAGUAUGGAUUCGUGAUUUCCAAACACUCUUUGAAGAUGCUGUGAAAGAUCGGGAGUAUCAGAAUCUCCUCUCUGUGAUGAAGGCUUUAGAGAACUACCCAACAAAUGAGCAAGAAACUGAGACUGAGGGUGAAUACAGCCAUGCUGAAGAUCACCUAGCCCAGAAUGAAAGAGCUGAUCGUAUAAGGACACUCUCAAAAUCAGAGUGGGAUGCAAUCCGCAUAUAUCAGGCGUGCCUCUUCAAGAAAGUUACUUAAAAUCUCAUAUCAUGUAUAGGUGAAUAAUGUAUUAUUUUUUAUUAAUAUUUUGUCUUUAUUUUUUCAUUAUUCCUUUUUCCCAUAUAGAUUCUCCAAAUAUUAUUGGAAAACUACUAGCAUAUAUAUAUAUAUCAUUCAGAUUCUUUGAAUUUAUAGGUCUGAACAAACCCUUACUGUAAAAAACAUUAAAUUUCUGUGAUGUAAAUAUUAUUCACGGUUAAGUAACUACAUGGCUUCAUUCUGAGUUCAUUAUUUGUUUCCAUUUUCCAUUAGGCCUCAUCCUCAUCAUUUUGCACAAGCUGGGUACUGCAUAGGAAAGGUGUAAAAAUUUUGGAACAAUGCAUCAACUGUCUUUACUUUUGUGUAACAUCUAUCCCAGUUAUAUUUGUACACAAGCAGGAGUUCUUUAUUAUGUUUGUCUAUGUUUCGUUUUUUUGUAAUACAAAUUUGUAUACAAAAUAUGAAGUGUUUUGUUAAUUUUAGGUUAUCCUUAUUAUUUUUUUUGUUAUUACAUUUAUUUUGAUAAUUAUAACCUGUAUUUGGAAAUUACUGUAAACACCAUUAUUAUUAAUAUCAUCUUUAUCAUUGUUCCUACUAUAUCUAUAUAUUCCUUGUCAGGGACACUUUUCUCUAUAUUAUUCAGAAUAGUACAAAACAAAAUGUUUUUACUACUUGAUCUGUUUGAUAUUUAGGGUAAAAAUGGAACAUUUAUGACAUUAAUUAUAAUGUAAAAAAAAUGAAAUAAAAUUUGGUACAAGUGU